GCGCGCUGGAUCGGUGGACAGACGACGGACGACCUCCUUGGCUCGCCCCACCCGUGGGCUAGUUUGGUAGGCACGGUCUGGGCGUGUAGUGCAGCGGUUGGGUGGACACGUGAGCCUCGUGGCUCGGGACGGGACGACAGGCAUCAUGGCGGGCCGGACAGCGCUGUGGCAAGCAGCACGCCAGAGUGUUCGGGCAGUUUUGGUUUGGCCAUCCUCAUUGGCCGCGCAACAAUCUCGGGUCCAGCACCUCGGCACGCAGCAGUUGCCAGCCUGGCGGCGCAUGGCCACACAGUCAAAUCGGCCACGGCGAGUCACGCGCCGAACGCGGGAUUCUCAGAGCGCGUACAACAUGCUCGCAGCCGAGGCUGGCCCAAACAUCGACGCUUAUUGUGCACGACCCGAGCGCAUGACGUUUUCCUACCUCAUUGCUCGGCCCUUGGCCUUUGCCGGCGCAACCUUGUGUGUGUGUGUGUGUGUGUGUGUGUGUGUGUGUGUGUGUGUGUGUGUGUGUGUGUGUGUGUGUGUGUGUGUGUGUGUGUGCACGCUCCCUCCCUUGCAUCUUGACAUUGGAAUUGCAGCACUCGGUAUGGGGGUGGAGCGGCGUCUGCGCGAGGCUUGUCGCCAUGCCGUUGAUGAGGGUCAACAAUGGCUGGCCACUCUUUAUGGUCGGCUGCACCAAGCACUGCGCACGGAGCUCAUCACUUCAAUGCCGCACACGCUCCUGGGCAAGGGCAUCAUUUACAGAGUCAAUGCCGUCGUCUUUCUUCUUUGGCGUUUGCCCAACAUGCAGAGGUUUUUGCUGCGCAACUUUAUGCAUGCCCCUCUCAGCGGCCGCUUGACGCAGAUGGUUGGUGCUAAUAUCAGCCAUAAGGACGCCAUUCAUUUCCUCUUCAAUAUGAUUGCGUUUCAGUCUUUUGCCGUUUGCGUCAAGAAUGGACAGUUGACCGGCGGCGAGUUUUUGGCACUCUUGGGCUGGGCUGGACUGGGAUCAUCCGUGGCUUCGAUGGUGCAUGCCUUUGUGGCUGCUCGCCAUUUUGCCGGUCUGGGUGCAUCGGGCAUUGUCUUUGGCCUUUUUGGCUUUGUCACGGCCGUGGAUCCCGAGGCCAAGCUUUCCAUCAUUUUUUUGCCCUUUUUCACCUUUUCAGCAGAACAGGCCAUGAUUGCCGUCAUGAUGUUUGACGUGGCUGGCCUGGUUCUCGGCUGGUCGCGUCUGGGGCACGCUGCCCAUUUGGGUGGCCUGUUGGUAGGCUAUGCCUACGGCAACUACUACAAGGCUCAGGCUCAGGCGAUUGUGAUUGUCUUUACUCUAGGAGAUUCGACCACGUCUGAUUGA